ACACUCACAGGCCGGUCUCGUAGUGGAACGGGGAGCUGCGUCGCGAUAGGAGGAGAGCCGCUGCCCAUGUGACACGUGCGCAAAGACAAAGGUAGAUUUCUGUGCCUCUGUCAAACGGCGUGCUUGGAUCAGACGCGCGCGGGGGGAAGAUGCUCCAGCUCCAAAACCAACGGGGAUUUUUGACGCUCGGAGCUGCGUGCGCGUAGAGUAAAUGAUUCAUGAGGUUUCUUUUAAAGCGCGAGGACUCGACUUGGGGGAGUAGAAGCCAGUGAGAGAAAGAAAGAAUAGUGGAGUUUGGUUCCGAGAGGUUUUUAUCAACUGUUGCUGCGGACACGUUGAGUGAUAUUGGUCGUGCGUAAGAGCGAGGCAUCAUGGAAGAGAUUUUGAAGAAAGCGGUUUGGAUACGCGUUUCCCUGCCCUGACGCGGUGGAGAAUACCCCAGUACUGAAAUAUUUGUAACGUGUGAACAAUACAAUAAGGACGCAGUUGUUUUGGGGCGUUUUGUGACAGUGACCUUGCCUCACACCAUGCUCAUGAUGAUGGAGAGCGGAGCGAUGGGCGCGCACUCGGAAUUCGACGCUCUCUCGCACUCGCAGCCGUGCGCCUGGCCGCUCCUGGACGAAGCCACCCGGGGUCUGCAGGGUCUGGCCACGGUCAAGCUGGAACCGCCGGACCCGCACCACCUCAGCUACGACGUGCCCUCCUCGUGCAGUCGCGCCGAGCGGAAAGGAGGCGCGCCGGCAGACAUCAAGCCGCCCAUAGUGGCAUCGGCUCCGGCCACAGCCUCGUGCAUGUCCACCGUGGCCGCGUUGGACGUGGCCGGUCAGCUGCGUAAAGCCAAGUCGUCCCGGCGGAACGCGUGGGGGAACCUGUCGUACGCGGACCUGAUCACGCGCGCCAUCGAGAGCACUCCGGAGAAGAGGCUGACGCUCUCGCAGAUCUACGACUGGAUGGUGCGCUUUGUGCCGUAUUUCAAGGAUAAAGGAGACAGCAACAGUUCCGCCGGCUGGAAGAACUCCAUCCGACACAACCUAUCCCUGCACAGCCGCUUUAUCCGGGUCCAAAAUGAAGGCACGGGGAAGAGCUCCUGGUGGAUGCUGAACCCAGAAGGAGGCAAGAUGGGGAAGGGUCCCAGGCGACGUGCUGCUUCCAUGGACAACGGCACCCGCUAUCUGAAAACGAAAGGUCGAAUCAGUCGGAAAAGAGCUGGCGCUCUUGGCCUUGGUCGGGUCCCUAUCCACGGAGGAGGUGGACCGGCAAUGCAGGGGUCUCCGGAGCAUGGAAGCCCCGCAGGGAAGGGAGGGGUGGGCAUGGUUGGUGAGGAGUAUGAUACCUGGACAGAUCUCCAUUCCCGGACCUCCUCAUCUGCUUCGACUCUCAGCAGCUGCCUGUCCCCAAUUUUGGCUGAAGCGGAGGCCGACGAACCGGAAGAAGGCGGGCUAUCUUGUUCAGCAUCUCCAAGGCUGUACCCGAGUCCUACCAGCACGCGCUCCCCAGCUUUAGGCACUGGUGGGCACUGUCCCAACGUGGAACUGCCCCAACUGACAGACCUAACUGGGGCUAUUAGUUUAGACGAGAGCAGCUACGCACAGUCGCAAAUGAAAUGCAAUGGCUAUCCUUACGUGCCUGGGCCUAAAGCGGAAGGUUCCUACUGCGGGCCCAUGUACAAUCAGGGUUCCAUGGGGAUGCUCCGGCACCAUGCGCCCAUGGAGACCAUCCAGGAGAAUAAACCUGUGAGUUUUCAGAGCCAAAUGAGGGGUUACUCGGAAAACAAUGCACUUCAAAGUCUUCUCACAAGUUCUGCAUAUUGCAAGGACAGUCUUAUGACACAGGGGACAAAUGGGGUUCAUAGGCAACACAAUCAGAGUCGCAGUCACAAUCAAGAUGGAGCUAGCAGUCUGCACAACGGCCACAGCUCUCAUGACCAGAGCCACAAUCAGGGUCACAAAGCCAGCCUCGACUACAGCCACAAACCCCACCCUGCCCACGAUUACAUCCCUAGUCAAGAGCAUGGUAAAGUCAGUUCAAAUCAUGACCACAACUCGAGGUCCGGAUCGAGCCACAUGCACAAUCAUGCCCCACACGACCCCCUCAACCCUGUGCACAAUGGGCCGCACCCCCAGGCUCUAUCCCCUCGGGUGAGCUCCGACAUCCUGCAGCCCUACAGCCUCAAGUCCUCCAACCACUAUGCUCCCCGGCCUCACCUCGCCACCUCACCCACCUUGCCGCCCAAUCCAGCCGGAGUUCUGGAAGUCCCCCGGGACCCCUGUCGCCUGGCAUCUGCUCCUCAUCCUCGGCACCAGUCGUACCAUCAGGGACUCACUGACUCCUGGCACGGUUACUAUCACAACAACCACCAGUCGGGAAACAAUGGUUACCCGGGGCAACAACAACACAAUUCCCACAGCCGAAUGACAGCCAACCUGGAGAUGGAGAACAUUCCCAACAGCCUGGACUGUGACGUGGACUCCAUUUUGCUCAGUGACUUUAUGGACAGUGAGAACAUGGACUUUAACUUUGACGGUUCUCUGUCGCAGGGUGUUGGUAUGGGGAUGGGCAUGAGUUUGGGGGCGUUUGCGUGCCCACCCUCAAUGCACAGUAACCAGAGCUGGGUCCCGGGGUGAAACCGAACCUUGACCUUUUCAUAUUGUGAUACAUUCUGCCGGCAGAGCUCACCCUCCAGGCGAGUCUGCUGGUGGGCUGAACCCUUCUAACUGACUGUGAUUAUGUGGAACAAAUUCAUAUUGUCAUUUUGUUUCCUAGGGAGUACCUAACCCUGUUUCUUUAUGCCCGCCCAUUUUAUUAUGAAGCUCUGUGUCUGCAUAUUGAACCUGCCCGUUCUGAGCCCUGUGGUAAUGCCCUCCAUUCUAUGCCUUUUUAGUUUUUAUUUUCAUUUCUCGCUAUCUCCUCCUGCCCGUCCUAAGCUCUCAAGCACUUUACAUCCUCGCGUUCAUUCCGGUAUAGUCACACAAAGACCACGCAGAUUCACGUUGUGUGUUGGCUUAAGUUUAAUGUAUGCAAUCCACUUUAAAGUAUUAUCUCCACCCACAAAGGAGACGUUGUUUUUGACACGAGAACAUGAUCAAACAGCUGCAUAAAUAUAUUUCGAUGUAGAGGGGUGCUCUUUUGGGGGUUAAAAGGAAGAGGAAGCUUUGAGGUUUAGGUAAAAACAGGAUUUUAAAAGAGGGAGAAUUAGCGGUUGGGGUGAACGCGAUGAGAGGGGACAUGGAGGUUAGCCUGACUUUCUCUCCUGGCGCUGUCCGGUGUAGGGUUAACAACACGGGGGCGGUCAUCUAUCAAGCGACCAUCAACACCACUCCAUUGAAAUGCAACAUCCCUUCUUUAAUCUCCAAAGUAACGCCAGAGUGAUGCAUCACUGUUGCAAAUCUAAUGUGUUUUUUCAGCCCCUCUCCUCUCCCUCACCACCCCCCUCUCUCUAACAUCGGACACACCGGCUUAAUGUGUUUUGGCGAAAGUGAUGAUUAAAGUCACUCCGCACUAAAUGGGGGAGGGAUUGAAAGGGGUGAUGUGGCAAACGGGAGGAGGGUUUGGAGGUAGGAGAAAUGCAAAUACUCCCCACGUGCCUCUUCCUCUCCAUUUUGUGGAUUUAUGUAGCUUUCCCUGUAAUGAAAUAAGCAACGAUCCGAGCUUGCCGUACAUCCCGAGGAGCGUUGGCCUCCGCAGGGCUACCUCCUUCAACCGUCUGACCCCAGAACGGCUUAGCGAGCGCGGAAAACUGUUGAUGGAGAAGCUGUCCUCGGACCCUGGGCACCUUUGUCUAAUUUGCUAACGCCCAGGUUGAAGUUAGCUAUGUGCUUGUUUUUUUCUACUCCUGUGAAUUGCCCACUGAUGAACGGCGUCAGCAGAUUACUAUUUGGUGCUAUCUCCCCUUGCCAGGCGCGCUCCUAUCACGCCGCCCCAUCCCGAGGUUACUCCGAGGGUAAACAAGAGUAAUUAACAGCCAAACAAGAUGGAUGAUUUAUGCGAGUGCGUGUAUUCGCUCAUCUGCACAAAGUCAUAAUUCUCUCCCUCCCACCUUGCACGAAAUGGGUGAUCUUUUCUUUUUUUUUUUUUUGCUAAGGUGGUGCCCGGCGACAAGGUAAAGUGGCUGGCUAGUGGAGUGUGCUUCGUAGUGUCCUUCAAGUCCUCACCCCCUCCUCGCCCGCCCCAUCCAUUGGUUUUACUUUGCUUGUCGUCUUAUCGCGUUCUUGUUCCGUGAUUGUGCCGUGGUCCGUCCUGUUUCUAUGCAGCGUGGAUUGGAGCUUUCGUGGCGCGUUUUAGUUGAUUUCAUUUUCGCUCUUCAGACAAAAAAACCAAGGAGGGGGCACACUUGGCGCAUCUCCCACUUGAGAUUAAGGGAGAAGAAAGGUAGACUACUGAUAGGGUGAAUGAGAGAACGGUGAGGGAGGGAUGGAUGAGUAGGCAGGAUCUGAGAGAGGGUGUUGUAGAGAUUUUCCAGUCCGGUAGCUUUUUGGAGAAUUGGCUGUUUGAAUCGGGCCAAAAUGUCAAGUGCUACUCAGCCAGCUUCGGUGACCAGAGCGCCACUUCAACUUUCUCUUUUCCUGAACAAGGACAAUGACGGGUAUUUUCCAUACACUUUCUUUUGACUCUCUUUUUUACCUUCCAUAAGAUAAGCUGUAACCCAUCUGUAGUUUGUUUGUUCUGCGGCCUGUGCGCUAUCGUGUGUCCAAUUUGAGCUUCUUGUGUGAAUGUGUGUGAACUGCACAAUCUGCAUUAGUUUAAGUGACUAAGAUUCAGAACGUAUCUUGAUUAGUUUGACUUGUUCAGAUUAGGCAUCAUAGGUAGAAAUUGAAAUUAGAAACCAGUUAUUACUAAAACAAAAGGAAAGAUCCAAACAUAUGUGAAAUAUGGUUGGGCAAAAUUGACAAAAACGUAUAUCUUGAUGAAAAUAUUGGGAAUAUACUAUGAGAAAUCC